AUGCUCAUUUGGUUCUGUAUUGGUUCAUGUCACUGUUGUUUCCUGCAAUUUGAUUCAUGGUCAAACUUUUCAGUCUGCCGGGCGGUGGCCUGCUCCCUCUCGAAGACUCCUGCCGCUCGCCGCCCGCCGCCCGCCGCUUAUCCCGUCUGCUGCCGCUCGUCGCCUGCCGCCCGCCGCUUAUCCCAUCUCCUGCUGCUCUACCGCCGCCCCAGCGCCUCUAUAAGAUGGCCCCCGGUCUCGCUUAUCCACAAGCGGCCGCGGAGGAGCGGCUCCGCCGAGCCGCCACCAGGGGGCGUACCGGCGAGGGGCUGCGUCCACCUUGCCGUCGAGUGCCUCCUCCCCUCCGGCCGCCCCGAUUCCCUCUUCAUCCUCCAGCUCCAGCCCAACCCCGACACCCAGGACGUCAAGCGGGCCUUCCGUCGCCUAGCCAACCUCCUGGCCCCUCGGCGCGAUCCCCAUCCCCGGCUGACACCGCCCUUCGCGUCGUCGAAGAGGCCUUCGCCCACCUCUUGGAGAGCACCUCCACCAGCGCCGGUUUCGCUCCUGCUGCUCCUGGCGGCGUUUCCGUCCCAGAGAUGUGCUCUGGACGGUCUGCCCCCACUGCUGCCAUGUGCAUGGGUACGAGCGCAUGCUGGUGGGGCGUUUGCUUGGGUGCUCGAACCCCUGAUUCAUGUGCAUGUUCGUGGCUACCUAGCCCGCGCGGCUGCCCUCUCCCUGCUCGCCGGUCGCCGCCGCUCGGGUUGUUCGCGCAGGCUAAGCCACGGGUUGUGUAUGAAAUAUUCACAACAAAGCAACGAUCAAACAUAGAUCCAGUUACAGCAAAGAUGCGAAAAUUGAGUAGUCAAUAUAGCAGGUGCAGCGUGAACUCCUGUUUUCCCGUAGUAACUUCAG